CUGAUAUCAUGUCAAAAGCUCUCCCAGAGCGCCAAGAAACUUUGGAUUCUGACAUUAGUCAUUGUCACACCACUCAGCUCUCUCAAACCUAAACUCAUGGACUCUGUCGUUGUCAGAGCUGGGAAUAACACUUGUCCCGGCAUCUUUCUCAGCACGAUGGAUAAGAUGCAUGGUCCAGAUCACACAUUCAAGCUGGAUGUGGGCACAAUCCAUUCCGCGCCCCUCAGAGGACAGUGGUCAAGCAAAAUUGAGUUCCUCUUAGCUGUGGCAGGCCAGAUUAUAGGCCUUGGAAAUGUGUGGCGGUUUCCUUACCUCUGCUACAAAAACGGAGGAGGGGUAUUCUUCAUCCCCUACACACUCUUCCUCUUCUCCUGUGGCAUCCCCUUGUUCCUCCUGGAGACGUCUCUCGGCCAGUAUACCAAGCAGGGAAGUAUCACCUGCUGGAGAAAAAUAUGUCCACUAUUUGACGGGUUGGGUUAUGGCAGUCAAGUGGUUGUUUUGUACUCCAGUAUUUAUUACAUUGUCAUAUUAGCCUGGGCAUUCCUGUAUCUCUUCUCCUCCUUCAACUCUGAACUUCCCUGGGCCAGCUGCAAAAACAGCUGGAACACAGAGACUUGUGUAGAGUUUGAUCGGAUGCCUGGUUUUAACGGAACUGUUGUUGAAAAUGCAACAUCACCAGUGAAAGAGUUUUGGGAGAGAAGAGUUCUGAACAUCACAGGGAGCAUCAAUGAAUUGGGCAGUUUACGGUGGGAGCUGGUUCUUUGUCUUCUACUGUCCUGGAUCAUCUGUUACUUUUGUGUAUGGAAAGGAGUGAAGUCUACGGGGAAGGUAGUUUACGUUACCGCUACAUUUCCAUAUCUGAUGCUAACUGUGCUGCUUAUUCGUGGACUCACACUACCAGGGGCCCUCGAUGGGAUCAAGUUUUAUCUUUACCCAGAUCCUUCCCGGCUAAGUGAUCCACAGGUGUGGAUGGAUGCCGGCACUCAAAUAUUCUAUUCUUAUGCUAUUUGUAUUGGAUGCCUAGUUGCACUUGGCAGCUACAAUAAGUACAACAACAACUGCUACAGGGAUUGUGUAUAUUUGUGCCUUUUGAACAGUGGAACCAGUUUUGUGGCGGGUUUUGCCAUCUUCUCUGCUCUUGGGUUCAUGGCUUAUGAGCAGAACACAGACAUAUCAAAAGUUGCAGAGUCAGGGCCUGGCUUGGCAUUCAUUGCCUAUCCGCGAGCAGUUGCUAUGAUGCCAUUUCCCCAAAUAUGGGCAAUAUUCUUUUUUAUUAUGAUAAUCCUGCUUGGACUGGACAGUGAGUUUGUGGGCCUGGAAGCUAUAGCAACAGCUAUCUCUGACUUGAACCCUCCUUUCUUCCACGUUGGCCAUCGACGUAAACUCCUCCUGCUUGCCAUAUGUGUCUUCAGUUUCUGCAUCGGUCUUGUGAUGGUGACAGAAGGUGGAUUGUACAUAUUUCAGGUCUUUGACUACUAUUCCUGCAGCGGAAUGACUUUGCUACUCUUUGCCAUUCUGCAGUCUGUGUGUAUUGGAUGGGUAUAUGGCGCUGACAGGUUUUAUGACAUCAUAGAGGACAUGAUUGGAUACAGGCCCCUGCCCUUAAUUAAAUACUGUUUGAAAUAUGUCACACCUGUGAUUUGUGUGGGCACAUUUGUUUUCUCUUUGGUUAAAUACACUCCUCUGAAGUUCAACAAUACAAUCGAGUAUCCUUGGUGGGGUUACGCCCUCGGCUGGUGGUUCACGCUCUCCUCAACCCUCUUUGUUCCUCUUCGGAUGCUGUACAAUCUUUACAUCACUCCUGGUUCACUGCAGCAGAGGAUCUCUGUCUUAUGCACACCGUCUCGAGACCUUCCCGUGACCAAAUCAGAGAAGAACAACUUAGAACUGCUAACCUUGCCCCAAUGUAGCGAGAAUAUGAUCUGACAAAGUGUCAGAUGUGUUGAACACCAUAGAAACAUAAGAAUAAGCAUCAAUCCAUCAAGGGAUUCUACAGCAAGCUUUGUAGAAGCAUCUCCAAAUCACUAGGUGUUUAGACCAAUGUCUGGAAUGUCUGAGGGAGAAGUUGAGCCACUCGUCACCAGCUGCUUAUAACUCAUAGAUUUGUUUUGUUUUAUGUUUUUGGCAUGCCUAAACCUUCACCACUAAUCAUUUUUGUCAAUAGUCAUUAAAAAAAUCUGUCUUUUAUAUCAGACCCCAUAGAGGGAAAGUAUUUUUUUAACUGAGCAAUGUUUCUAUCAUUUCAGGUCUGCAUUAUGUUAUGUGUAGAUAGAUGAAUGUGCAAAUACAAAAAUAGUUUUUUUCAAAUUGGGCAUUGCUGAGCAACUUUCAAAUAGAAAUAUGUUUUAGGAAACCAGGGAUUCAUUCAUUUUUGUAUUUCGUUGUACAGCAAAACUUUUGUUUUAGUUUUGAACAUUUCUCAUUAUUCAUGUCUUAUAUAUUAUUGGUAUUAUUGUUAGUACUAUCUUUGUUAUUGUUAGUACUAUCUGCAUUAUCAUUCACUCAUAAUCUGUCAGAUACCAUUUUACUCAUUUAAUGUUAAUCGCUUUUGGUAUAGUCCACAUGACUUUGAGCGAUUGGGUUGAAUGUUUUAUUAUUGAGAUUCUGAGAGGUGGUGCGUUAGUUAGCAUCUUUUCCCCACAGUGAAAAGGCUCGCAGUUCGAAUCAUGGCUUCUUACAUGCAUGUUAGGUCAAUUGGGGACCCUAAAUUGCCUGUAGGAGUGAAUGAGUGCGCACAGUCCGUGUAGUCCUGUCGUCGAAUGGCAGCCAGUCUCUCGCCCAAUGGCCGAUGGGAAAGGCUCCAGCAUAAAUAAUAGAUGGAUGGUUUAGGACAGAUCAGCACUGGUUGGUAGAUUUUUUUUUUUGCUUUUAACCCACAGUGAAGCUAGGGUGAAAGUGUAUUCAAGACUUUCACAGCUGAGUGGGGUGUCUGAGGUGCAAUCUUGGCUUAUGAUAAUAGUGCAAACUCAUACUGGAAUAUUGUAUCAACAUGGAAAUCUGACAUUUAUCAGUUGCAAUAUUUUUGUCAACUGAUUUAGAGGAGACCCCUACCUCUCACCCUGCCUCCCCACCCUUGCAUAUUUUUUGUGGCCAUUAUGGUGACAAUUAUGUUUUUGCAUUGUAAAAUAAGAAAUUUGUUUCUUCUUUGCAAGAAAACGGACAUCUAUUUGAUGUUUCUGUUUCAUACGGUUCUAAAAUGAGGAGCAGUGUGAAUAUGACAUGCGUAUGAAAGCAAGAGACCAGAGGAAAGUGGAAUGUUACACUUAGAAAGUGCAAUAAUUUGUGAAAUAGAUUUAUAUUGCACUUAUGAGAUUUGUUAUUAUUAAUUAUUAUUAUUUGUAACCCUUUUCUUAUGUGCCGCACAGUAAAAAUAAUUUGCCAAUUUAACACAACAAAAGCAACUGCUGGCCUGUUUUUGUUACACAUGCUGCUAAAAAGAAUGCAUAGAAUUGCAUCACCUGAUGCCUUAUUGUAAACUUUGUACAGCUAUUCCUGAGAGAAUCCUGUGUCGAUAAUCAGUCAGUCUCACUUUGUGGUACGUGGCCAAGGUUGCAUAACGUUCAGUCAUAAAGCCAUACAUCAGAAUACAUCAAUCAGCAGUGUCACUUUCGCCUUACGGUGUCAUAAAUUGAGGAGAACAAUUAGCGUGACGCCUAGAUAUUGUGCGCUCAGCUGUUGAGUCACCAUGUCUUCCAGCAUUUUAAUGUUGGUCGUUAUACAGAGGGUGACUACAUACUUAUGUAUAUAGUCACAUAUGAAAUGUUGAUCAGCAUUAGCUUCUCCACCAUUUAAUAUUUUGAAAGAUUUGAAUGAAAAUUUACAUUUUUGCUAAACUGAUGGCCCCCACAGUUGAAUUAAUAUAUUGCAUUUUAAACACUAACUUAAUCUUUUCUUCUUUUUUCUGUAUUUGAACUUUAUCCGUUUUUCAAAGAAUUCCCAUAACACAAUGGUUUGACAUACAAAUGCUGUAACAUGCCAUUUUUUAUGUUUAGGAAACACUCUCAUUUCCAUUAUCAAUAGAUGGCAGAAACUGUGAAAAUGUGUGUUUGUUAUCAAUAAUGAUAAUAUUCAGUUCCCUAUUAACCAUUAUUACCACAGCCUAUACCUAGAACAAACAGUAUAUUCAGCCAUGUUUCUGUUUAAUUGAACUGUCAAGAUUGUUAUGGUGUACAUGUCAAUGUUUUAAUGUUUUAAAGAUUAUACCUGUCUUUUAAUCAUGAACUUUUUGCCAACUGUUUACGUGUCCCAUUUUCUUCUAGCUUAGUUGGCUCAACUGUUGAAAGAGAAUCAGUGCUUCACAGUAUAAAAACUCUUCAUAAAUCAUUUAUAAAUUGUACGUAACAGUGAUCUACUAGAGAUAAGUUAAAGUAUGAAUGAAUGAACUGUGACACCUUUAGACUAUUUGGAGCAUUUUUACUGUGGUUUGCUGACAGCACUGUGACCUUUGAGCCACCACGAUAUCCUAUUUACAGAUAUAUUGUCAGUAAGUGCCUAUAGCUACUUUUAAACUGUAACUAAGUAGCAGGACUGUUGCCACUUUUUCAUUUGUUUAUUUCCAUACCAACACGACUGUAUUGUGUUCCAUUCUGUAUUAUAAUGCAUUGAAUUCUCCUGAAUUACUGAGUACGGUUCACUGUAGAGAACCCACUAAGAAUAUAUGUAAUUACCUGCUUUUAAAUAAACACACUGUGUAAAA